CGUCAGCUCUGUAGGACUAUAAAGAGUCCUUGCAGUCAUCUGUGAGGCAUUAAAAUUUCAACUGAACUCUUCUGAGGACCACAGGAAAGGAAGCACUGAAAAGAUGAAACUGUAUCUCGCUGCAGCUGUGCUGAUGCUUGUGCUGGCCGCACACACAGAGGCCCAAGAGGAAACAUUGGAGCAGCGCUUCGCCACCUUUCAGACCCAGGUUAAAGAAAUUACAGAGAACCUCGCAGAGAAGACCAAAACCGCAUUCGAUCAAAUUGAAAAUCACGAAUAUGUCGUUAAAACCAAGAGCUGGUUGUCUGAGCAGUUCGAGAAGAUGAAGCAGAAAAUGUCUGAAUCUUUCAAUUAAUGAAAACCACUGACCUACAUCUCUACAACCAAACAAUCACAGACCAUGUGAUAUCAUUCAGCCUUUUGUGUUGAUUGGCGCAAAUGUUACAAUUAACUUCACAAGGUUAUCAUCUGCGUGUCAUUUGUAAUCUGUAUAACGUUUGAAUGUUUUGUGGAAUGCUGUUAAAUAUUCUGAAGAAAAUGGAAAUCUACAAAUAAAUCCUGGUUCUUUUUUCAAAUGAAUAAACAGUAAAAAUAU